AUGCUUCUCCUCAUCAAUGGUAUUUUAUUGGUCAUUUGUUUACUACUGAAUUGUGUUGGCUAUUAUAAUCGGAAUGUUACUACUACUACUUUAUCGUCAACAACAACAAAUCUCACUCAGAGCACAUUGAAUACAUUUGCAAAAUUUCAAAAUAAUUAUUUGGUUGUGUAUUUGUGUAUGACUUUUAGUGAUUGGCUUCAAGGAGCCUAUGUAUAUGUUCUCUAUGAAUCGUACGGAUAUGAAAUUGAGACAAUAUCUAGGUUGUUUAUAUUUGGAUUCUUUAGUAGUAUGAUUUUUGGAACGAUUAUUGGAUCUCUUUCUGACAAGUUAGGGAGAAAGAAAAUUUGUUUGACAUUUGUAGUUUUAUAUGCUUUGGCUUGCUUGACAAAACACAGCUCCAACUUGGUGGUAUUAAUGAUUGGACGAUUUUUCAGUGGAAUAGCUACUAGUAUUUUGAGUUCUGUAUUCGAAUCUUGGAUGAUUUACGAGCAUAACAAUGCCAAAUUCGAUCCUUCUUGGAUUGGAGAUACUUUUUAUCAGCAGACUUUUGCAAAUGGAAUUAUUGCAAUCUUGUCAGGAUUUGUUUCAAACUUUUUAUAUGAUAUUAUAGGAAGUCCUGUAGCUCCAUUUGAUUGUGCCAUUAUCUUCCUCGUUAUUGGAGGUGCAAUAAUUUACUAUAAUUGGAAUGAAAAUUAUGGUGACACCACUGGUGAUUGGAAAAAGAAUUUCAUUAGAGGAUAUGAAGUUAUUAGGACUGAUAAGAAAGUUUUGUGUGUUGCAAUUUCACAAAGUUUCUUUGAAGCUGCAAUGUAUAUUUUUGUUUUAAUGUGGACUCCAACUUUGCAACAAGCAUACUGGGAUGGUGUUAAACAAUUGGACAUUGGUUAUGUAUUUGCCGCCUUUAUGAUUUCUGUCAUGAUUGGAAGUUCAAUUUUCAAAAUCUUUUAUUCCAAUGCUAGCUCUCAGAAGAGUUUUACAAAUGCUAGCCGUUUCUCAAGUGUGGAAUUCAUUCUCUUGAUUGUAUUUAUUACUGCAAUAGUUUCAUUCAUCAUUCCAAUUUUUUUCUCUUCAUUCACACCAAUUUUAUUGAGCUUUUUAGUGUUUGAAGCAUGUGUUGGAGUAUUCUGGCCUGCCAUCUCUACCAUGAAGAGCAUGUACAUACCAGAAGAUGUCAGAUCUACUGUUAUGAACUAUAUUAGAAUUCCUACCAAUUUUCUGGUUGUAUUAUCAUUGUAUUAUGUUAAUUCUAUUUCUCAAUUUGAAGUUUGUUGUGGGCUAUUACUUGUUUCUGUUACUAGUCAAUAUUAUCUUUUCAAAUAUCAUAUGGCAGAUGACACAAAGCCAAACUUUACUUCACAAGAUAAUGUUUAAGAUUCAGAUACUUUUGAAUAACAUAUCAACAUUCGUUCACUUCACAAUCUCAAACUCACAUCAUCAAUUAGGUGAUGUAAAUUACUAUUUCAAUUUUGUUAAUUGAAUCACAUUGAUUAUUGUAGACAAGUUCAAGAAAUUCCUUUAACAAAUGGAAAUUACAGAUACAGUCUCUCGUUCCUCAGUUACAAGUUAUCAGAAUAGCUUUACUUCAUCUCCAUUAAAAUAAAUUACUAUUUAUUUGUUC